UGUAUUUUACAAUUAUAUACAUUUUUGCAAAAAAGUGAAUGAGUUUUCCUAAGUUGGAACAGUAACUGCUAAUUAAGAGUAUCCAUUUCGUUACCCUGUAUGAAUAGAGGAGGUUUCUAGCAACAUUAAGCUUCAAUUCCAUCUUCAGUUGAAGUGGAAAGUAAAUGCCAAAGGUGUUGUCUGUGACAUUUAUAUUUUUCUCACUAGGCAGGGACACAAGUGUUUGUCUUUUGAGCAUAGUGCAGUUCAUACUACACUGCACUUGGUCUUAGUAAGAAGGCUGUAAAGCGAUCCUUUAUGGUCAGAAUUGUAUGAACUAAGUUAUUCAUCUCAGUUAGCUGUUUACUGUGCGUUCAGUGCUCUUCACAAGACUUCUAUUAACAUUUUGACCUUGUCACAGAAAUUAAAGAUAGUAUUUAUUUUCUUCUAAUACAGUCUGUGUCCAGUGUAAGGGCUCACAAAGUUAGUCCAUCCCCUGUUCUCCAUGUUUAUAUGUAGAGAUAUGUCAAAAUGUCAUCAUUUUGUUUUUUCCUUUCUAAAAUAAAAUUAGAAGAGCUUGAGGAAAUAUCCAAAACAUCUUAAUCAAAAGAAAGUAGGAAAUUUUUUUUGGACUAUAAUAAAUGAGGCAUCAGAUUUUCAUGAAAUGUUGCUAUUGCAACUUCAGCAUAUGUAUAUUUUUACAUAUCUUGUAUAUUUUUAUGCCAUGAAUAUUAGAUUUAGACAAUUUACGUAUAAAAGGGGGAUUCCUUCCAUUUCCUUGCAGCUGUAAGGAGGAUAAGCAGUUGUGUAACAGUACUUUUCAUCUCAUGCUUUGUUUCUUUUGUUGGUGUGAGUGUCUGUGAUAGCAUAGAUAACAGUUUUUCUUCACGAGAAUGGUUACACAAUUUACAUGCAUCAAAUUAUCAUUUGGUUGGUAUGACAGUUUCUUUUUCCAAGUUUUGCAAACAGCUGUCACUUUCUACUCGUAAUGUUGCUUCUCAGCAAGUUGUUACACUAUUAAUAAAGGACAAAGUGUUAACAAUUUUGUGAAUGUUAUUGCUUUGCAGGAUAAAGCUGUGUCCACAGAACUGAAUAUUUUAGAAAUGUGUUUUUUUUAAAUCUUUUUCUCACAUUGUAUUUUACUACAUGAAAGUAAUAAGAACUGUUUUUAAGUUCUUACACUACACACAGAGUUUCUGUUACUUGAAUUGCUGGGUGUUCAGUGGAUACAGACAGGAGGAAUAGUGCAGCUCACAAAUAUAACCUGUCUCCUUCAGGCUACUUCAUGCAAACAGAUGCUGAAUAUGAAUACAGGUAGAAGCACUUGAAAUGAAAUAAUUUCUAUCUGUUACUUGCUCUAUUGGUGUCAGUCCAACCUUUUUAUUCAAUUGAGUAUCUGUGCUUGCUUCUAGAAGAGUUUCAUUAGUGUUUUAGGUUUUUUUUUUUUCCAUUUAGAAGCAUUCCAGACUUCUAACAAUGCUUCCUACACAGUAAUGAUAUUCUGUGGUUCCUCUCCACCUUUCUAUUUUGCCAUUACCAAUUGGCAGUUAGUGCUCAAGUCUUCUUUAUCUUCAGAUGCCCUUUCAGUAGCAGUUGAAAAGUUAUUUCUUCUAAAUAGAGAUGAUUCUACUGCUCCACAUGCCCAUCUCCAAAUAACAAGAAUAAUAGAACAGUAUUUAACUGUAGACUGCCUUCACAGACCUCUGAUUUCAUACCCUUCUUUCUUGCUGUGACAGAAAUUUAACGUCCUCUAAUGGAAACAGCGCAGUCUUGUAGCAGAUUCUUGAGAUGACAGCAUGCCACAAAUAUGUCACAAAUCUCUCACUCCUUGCCUAGACAGUUCUAAACUAGUGUUUCAUUAGUCUAAAUUUUUACCCUCUUCUUCAACGUGUUUUAGCUAAAACACAAGGCACCACAAGCGGAUUGCCCUCUCCAGGUCAGUUUUCCAUGGAGACCGUUUUCCAUGGUGACCAUAAACUUCUAUACUGACGUUUUAUUAACAUUUUGUACAGUGCUUCAAAUGGUGCUUCUCCUGCAUUUCCUUUAAAAGUUGUCAUUACUGCAGAUGAUCCACUGAGUGUUUUGUCUGACAGUGCUUUAUCUGUUGUUCUAUUGUAGCUUCUGUGAUGCAUUUAAAUAUGCUAAAUAUUUAACGUAUUUUCAGACCUCUUAUUCUGAUAGACUCCAAGCUCUGUUCAUGUCUCUCCUCUAUGUAUUUAAGCUUCUGUGGAGAAUUGAUGUCAUGUUUUCAUUGAAAAGAAGACUGAGAGGGGACCUGAUCCAGGUCUAUAAAUAUCUGGGAUGUGUGGGGCAGAAUGGCGAGGCCGGACUGUUUUCAGUGGUGAGUGGAGACAGGACAAGGGGAAACGGCCGGAAACUGCAGCACAGGAAGUUCUGCACCAAUGUGCGCAAGAACUUCUUUACAGUGAGGUGACGGAGCACUGGAACAGGCUGCCCAGGGAGGUGGUGGAGUCUCCUUCUCUGGAGAUGUUCAAGACCUGCCUGGAUGCCUACCUGUGCGACCUGCUGUAGGGAACCUGCUUUGGCAGGGGGGUUGGACUCGAUGAUCUCUGGAGGUCCCUUCCAACCCCUACAAUUCUGUGAUUCUGUGAUUCAUGUCUUCAGAUAAAUGUUUUCUUUAUUCCAGCUAAGGCAUUACUUUAUACACUUUGUUUUCUGUCACUGUUCAUGUACUAUUGGUAUGCACAAGAGGAUGAGAAAGUAAAAUACACUAGGAGACUGACAUUUCUGGGACUUUUUCAAAACUGUUUUAUCAUUGUGGCGUUUUGUUCUGAUUGGAUAUAUAGCAAUGUGGGAGGGAAGGACUUCAAGGUAAACACACGAGUUAGUGUUUAAAGCCCUUGCUAUAAAGGAGAGGCUUUAUGAAUGAGGAGGAGAAAGAUUUGUACGUGCUAAGAGACAUUUUCAGAAGUAUGGGACCAGAGUCUGGAAUGGGAAGCAAUAACUGUAUUCAUGCCAAGUUCUUGAAGAGAAGGAGUGAUGAAAGAACCAGGGGAAGUAAGGAAAGGUACUAAAUCUCAGGAAAGAUAUUGGUCUUCAGAAAGUACUAUGGACAACGGGAAAAAUGCUGAUAACAGCUCUUAUAAUGGGGGAGCUCUGCUUAGAAUGGGCCUCAAUGAUAACAAAGCUGGAAUGCAAGGUUUGGAUAAAGAGAAAAUUAAUAAAAUCAUCAUGGAAGCUUCCAAGGGCUCCAAAUUUUUUGAAAAUGAGCUCAAAAAAGAUCAACAGGUUAACCAACGAAUUGAGAAAAUGAUGCAGCUUAAGGAGAAAAUUACACAACAACAGCUAUUGAAAGCACGGUUGCAGGUGGACAAACUUGUGAUGGAACUGGAACAGAGUCGCAACCUUAGUUGUACUAUUGUACACAUUGACAUGGAUGCCUUCUAUGCAGCUGUGGAAAUGAGAGACAAUCCAGAGCUGAAGGAAAAGCCUAUUGCAGUGGGAUCAAUGAGCAUGUUGUCCACCUCAAACUACCAUGCUAGGAGAUUUGGUGUACGUGCAGCCAUGCCCGGAUUUAUUGCCAAAAAGCUGUGUCCACAUCUAACUAUAGUACCGUUAAACUUUGAAAAAUACAGAAAAGUGAGUAAAGAGGUUAAAGAGAUACUGGCUGAAUAUGAUCCCCAUUUUAUGCCUAUGGGCCUAGAUGAAGCCUACCUGAAUGUAACAGAACACUUGGAGGAAAGAUUGCACUGGCCUGAAGAUAAAAGAAGAUACUUCUUGAACACAGAAAACACUACAGAAAAAAAUAAAGAGGAUAUAAGCAUAUCUGGCAGACUGAAUAUAGAUGGAUACUCUUCUUCACCAGAGCUGUUUGAAGAUGGCACAUCUGUAAUGGAUGAUCACUCUGGACAAAGAUAUCAGUCACUGAAGAAUGUAGUUGUGUUUGGAACCUCUGCAGAAGAAGCUGUGAAGGAAAUUCGCUUCAGGAUUGAGCAGAAAACUCAACUGACUGCUAGUGCAGGAAUUGCUCCAAAUACAAUGUUAGCAAAAAUGUGCAGUGAUCGUAAUAAACCUAAUGGACAAUGCAGAAUUUCUCCAGAGAGACAAGCAGUUCUAGACUUCAUAAAAGAUUUGCCCAUUAGAAAGGUGCCAGGUAUAGGAAAAGUAACAGAGAAGAUGUUAAAAGCCCUUGGAAUUGUGACUUGCUCAGAACUUUACCAGCAGAGGGCACUGCUUUCUCUUCUUUUUUCAGAAGCAUCUUGGCGUAGUUUCUUGGAUAUCUCUCUUGGGCUGGGUUCAACACAUUUGGAAAAGGAUGGAGAAAGAAAAAGUAUGAGCACUGAAAGAACAUUCAGUGAAAUUAACACGGCAGAAGAUCAGUACAACUUGUGUCGAGAACUCUGCAGAGAACUUGCCCAGGACUUACAGAAAGAGGGACUGAAGGGUAAAACUGUUACCUUAAAGCUAAAGAAUGUGAACUUUGAAGUAAAAACAAGAGCUUCAACUGUGCUGUCUUCUGUUUCUGCUGAGGAUGAAAUAUUUGCUGUUGCAAAGAUGUUGUUAGGAACGGAAAUUGAUAGUGUUGCUCCUCACCCUUUAAGGAUAAGACUUAUGGGUGUACGAGUAUCAGGAUUUUUAAGUGAAGAAGAGAAGAAAUACCAACAAAAAAGCAUUAAAAGCUUCUUAAAAUCAGGAAAAGAACUUGAUUUUCCAAGGCUUCAGCCAGGGAAACCCAAUCAAGAAAAUCUCACAAAAACCUCAGAAGCAUCUUCCAAAGGAAGUUUUUUUGAUAAAAAGCGAGCUGCAAGGCAACUAAACUGUAAUAAUAAUGUUUUUCCAAAUGAAAGUGUAGGUAAGCAGCACUUUUGUGGUGUAAACUCAUCAGCAGAUUUUGUGGAAGAAGCAAACAAGGUCACAAACUUGCAGAAGUCUAACAUAUGUGAGAUCUUCACGUGCCCUGUUUGUUUUGAGGAGCAAAGUAGUGUUAAUUUGGAAGAGAUUAAUAGGCAUAUUGAUGAAUGUCUUGCUGGCAGUCUAGUUAAAGAUACUGUGGAAAUAUCAAAAAAUGACAUUUCAAGAGAAAAUACUUCUAACUUAUCACACUGCAAAAAUGAAAAUAUUGACGAUUGUAAAGAAAAUAUAACAACAGAUCAAUUAGCAGGAACAGACCAGUCAGCAAGUACAUCUGAAAGCUCUUCUGGCAAUAGCAAAGAGAAAAAAUUCACUCAGAUAGUCUCAGAAAAACCUCACAGAGAAAAACAGCCUUGUGAUCUCAUUGAUAUUCCUAGAAAUGCAAGCAUAAAACAAUGUCUGUUUCCCAAAAGAAAUUCACAGGAGAAUGCAAAACAGUUUGGAAGGACAGAUCAUACAGAAGGAACUAGUUCAUCCUGUUCUUUUGAAACCAAAGAAGACAGUGUUCUUGUUUGUCCAGUUUGUAAUUCAGAACAGAAAACCACCAGCCUUGUGUCAUUUAACAGACAUGUAGAUGUCUGCUUAAACAAAGGCCUUAUCCAGGAGCUGACAGAAAAAGAUGAUUGUUCUGCUAAGACUUCUGAUACAGAAAAUUCAAUCAGAGUUGGAGGGUUAGACAGAGGACAGCAGUGCACAAAACCAUUACAAGGAACAAAAAGGUCUGGACCAACAACUUCACAGUCAGCAUCAAAAAAGGCUAAAUCAAUCAAUUCCAAGCGUACAAUUGAAAUGUUUUUUAAAUGACAGUGGAGCAGUGUACUUCAUAUGAAGUAUUUCGUAGCCUUUUGUGACUGCAUAUUAAUUUAGCAUUGGUGGUGGGCUGGAUUCAGAUGAAAUUUGGCUGGAUUCACAUCGGAACCAUUGUAUGCUUAUCAUGCUCUGUAAAAAGAAUGAUACGUGAGGUAGAAGAAGAGAUAUAACUGAGGUAAUCCAAUUUUUUGGAAAAUAAUACUUUUUUAGCUUAUGAGAAAUGAAAUUGCUAGCACUUAAGAGUUCUGUUAUAUUGAACAUGCGAAACUUUGUUAGAGUCACAUGCAGUCUCAUGUAUUGUCUCUGCUGUUCAACAAAAUAGAACAGGUUCAUUAGAGCUGCCAUGGAGCAGAUCUGCAUGGCAAGCACCUGAGAAAGAGGGUCUCAUGAGGUGGAAUGUCACAUUGUGCUUGUUGAUGUCCCCCUUCGAAGAUUUGAUCUGUCACCCUGUCUGCAAGGCAGUGAGUUAGCAACCGUAGUUGCUCAAGUUAAUGCUUCCUUGGACAAUCAAACACCAAAUUAAUUUGUGUGAUAACAUAGAAGAGCCACGCUACUUCAUUUCAGAUCUUGUGAAGGUCUGUCUUGUCACUGGACCAAAAACUGGUUGGUCAAAAAAGAAGAAUUCAGAGCACAGACAAGCUUUUAUUGUUAUCACUGAAAAUUACUUCAGUAUGAGGUGAUGGACCCACCCUGAAGGGCUCUCUGUGAUGAGAUGCAGGAUGCCUUUGCUUGAUACUAAAAAUGUUAAUAAACUGAAUGAUUAGAGGAUUCUUCCAGAUUAGUUGAACAAAUGCUGUUUGAUCCUUGACCUCUCCAAGGGGACUGAGAACUUCAGUUGUCUUUGCUGUUGUUAAAUUGUACCUGUUGGUAGGGCUAAAUUUAAUAUAAAUCAGUGUGCAAUAAUAAUGUUGUAUAAAUAUGUGCAAUAUGCUAAAAUGAAGUAUUCUUACUGUUUAUCUUUAUUUAAAAUUGUUUUCUAUUUUUAAAUAAAUUGUAUUUUAUGAGUACUCAAGUGGAAGUUUUAGAGUUCAAAUAUUUGAAGUACUCUAUAAUGAUAUUCUUCUGUUUACACUAAAUUGCUUAGAUUUAGAUUUUUUAUAGUUGAUUUAUGACGAUAACUUCUUUCUUAGAAGUUAUGUGUACAGUCACAAACCCUUGAAGAAAUAUGAACUUUUAAAAGUGGAUAAUCUUUAAAGUGGCUAUGAUAGAAGCUUCUGUUCCGUUGCUUAAUUAUAUGGGGAUUAUUCUGUGGCUUACUUUUUUUUUUUUUUUUUU